AUGGUCAUCUCCAUCAUGGUCGCACUCAUUGCCAUCCUGCUGUCUAUGGCUGGGGGCAAAUGCACCAAUUGCAUCGAGGACGAACAGUCAAAGUCCACAGUCGCCACAGCAUCUCGGGUAUUUUUCAUUGUCGCUGGCAUCCUGGUCUGCUUGCAGAAGCGGUGCAUGGGUAAAAUCACUGGGGAAGCCAAAACAAUUUAGUCCAAUCAAUGUAAGCUAAAUAUGAUGUGGCUGUCCAUGGUUCUGAUUUCUGUGUGCAUGCGUGGGUAGAAAGUAGAAAAACAUGACUCACCCUACUUGUAGAGAAAUGGCAAUGCCAUCCUCCUCUCUUUUAUGUUGACGAAACAGUCUAUCACUGUCAUACAGUACACCCUUUAAGUUUUUGUUGUCCUAGGCUACCAGGCUAAAAUGCUUGCUCGCUAGGCUAACUUCCGUUCAUGGGCAAUGUUAGCUAGUUAACAUUAAUUAGCCUUCUACAUCUAGCUACAUAUUGCUUACUCCUGUGAGAAACAUUCAGCCUCUUGCGAAUUGAAGGAAAAUUAUGAAACAAAGAGACGAAAUAUACAUUUUUGUUGGGCUUCCCUUGGCAUCCAUGAAUACACGCCACUGUCUGCUUGUCAGCUCACGUGAUCAUCCGAGACUUCUACAAGCCUAUACUGAUUGACACACAGCAGCAGGAGCUCAGCUCAUCACUGUUCAUAGGCUUGGGGUCCGCGGGACUAAUGAUUCUGGGUGGAGGAUCUCUAGCCAGUGUCCACCAGGCCAGGAUCGGGGACACUCCUCCAAAUAAAACGUGGCGAGAUCUGUAAAAUCCUACUCGGCAAGAGCAGAUGGAAAUGUUUGCUUUGAACAUUGAAUAGCCUAACAAUGUUGCUUUGGGCCUUUGUGAACAGACUUUUUUGUUUUUACUCCAAUCAUUUUAAUUUCAAAGUUUUUAAAUUGACAAGAGAUGUCUGUUUUUAUUCCAUAUUUGAAUGAGUGAUAUCAAACUGUUGAUUCCUUUCAUUGCUGGAAUUGUGAUUGAUGGGUGUGGAGUAGUUGGACAGCUGCCUGUUUAGGAUGGGCUACAUAGUCUGGCCAUUUACCUUGAGGCAGUGUGGUAAGAUUGUCCACAAAGUAAAUUAAACCAAAUGCCAAUAAAACUAUUUAAAUCUCCUCAAGGGCCCACUUGCUGACUGCAAACUGGUCUCAGAGCAUUUCAUAUUCCGUGAACUUCCAUUUAGUAUGGUAUGUUACAUUUCCUAUGGUAUGUAUUAAUUUGUGGAUGUCCAUCACCCAUUUCGUAUGAUAUGUUACGAAUUACAUUUAGUACUAUAUGUUAAGAAUUUGCAAAACGUAGUGUAUAUGUUAUGAAUUUUCAAAACAUAUGAUAUGUUUCGAAUUCUAGCUAGGUAGCUAACGUUAGCUAACUGGCUAACAUUAGCUAGGCUAGGGUUUAGGGUUAAGUUUAGGAGUUAGGUUAAAGGGUUAAGGUUAGGGGAAGGGUUAGCUAAAAGGGUUAAGGGAAGGGUAGCUAAUAUGCUAAGUAGUUGCAAAGUACUAAGUAGUUGAAGUUGCUAAAAUGCUAAAGUUGUCCGUGAUGUGAUUCAAACUCACAACCUUAGGGUUGCUAGACGUUCGGGUUAUAACCCACCCUGACCAACCUCCCAACCUACUUUUCGGUGGGAGGAAGUGUAACCAUCUAAACUCCAGGUUGUUUUGAACCUGUCGCAUAUGAAAGAGAGCUUUCUGAAGAUGACAGUAUUGAGUUAAAGAUUGUCACCACUCCGUCAGCUCUGUCUGAGUGUCACACAGUAUCUACAGUGUGACAGGCUGAGGAAUCUGGUCUGUCCGGAACAACUCACCUGGUGGCAGGAAACCACUCCUCCUGCACAUUCUUCCUGAUCAUCAAUUAGACAUGCCACAUAGCUCCAGACCUAGGCAGCCAGACUUCUCUUUCUCCCACUCCAGACACAGCCUCUCGCCAUGGGGAGGAUUGGCAAGGAGGUGUCGGGCCAGCUGCACAGCUUAAUCAGCUUCGUGGGGGUGGCAGUGACCACGGGUAUCCCCAUGUGGAGGGUGACCAAGUGCAUCGGUGGCAACAUCGUGACAGGCCAGAUCGUGUGGGAUGGCCUGUGGAUGAACUGUGUGAUGCAGAGCACGGGACAGAUGCAGUGUAAGAUAAACGACUCUGUGAUGAGGCUAACCAUUGGUGCUCUUCUGGUCCUCAUCCCAGUCUGCUGGACAGCGGCGUUCACUAUCUCAGACUUUAAUAACCCUCUGACCAUCGAGACCGAGAGGAGGGAGAUAGGAGCCUCCAUCUACAUCGGCUGGGGCUCCACAGCGCUGCUCCUCAUCGGGUGGAUCAUCCUCUGCACCUCCUGCCCACCCCAGAAGAUGUAUGGGUACCCAGGCUAUCCUCAAGGAACGCCCAUGUAUCCUAUCCAGACCAACCAAUGGUCCAGGCAGGGCCCUAUGUGAGAGUUUACACCCCAACCAGCAGACCCUACUCAGGGACAUGGUCGUAUGUACCAAACAAGCCGUAUGCAGCACCAAUAGCAUACACUGCACCUGGACGGCCUGGACAGUAUCUGUAACAAAGUGAAAUGGAAAGAGGGAAGGUCUCCCUGAAUAUUGACUGGUAUUCUCAAACUUGAUGUUUUCAAGCUAUUGUUUUUUGCUUAGCUUUGCCUCUGCAGAGUGUAAUUGCACCACCAAAAUGUAUUUAUAUCAUGUACUUUUGUCCACAUUGAUAUGUAGAUAUUAUUAUUGAUGAGAAUAACAUGCAAUUUAUAGACAAAAGUGUUUUGGCGUGAAUACAAUUAAUUUUGUUUACGAGUGUUUGCACCUGCACACGAGGAAGAAUCUGUUCUUUCAAAUGUUGACAAUGUAAAUCCUUAUGUCUUGACUACUAGUAUGCAAACAUUAUGAGACAUUUUAGCAGCAACCUGUGUUCUUCUCCCAUUGUGCAACCGAUACUGUUGUUUUGUAAAUAGCUGGUUGGUCUAUGACUUGUGAUGUAUCUGUACACGAAAAACAACACAUUUUUCUGUAAAUAUUAUAUAAAAUAAUGUGAAGUCUUAAUGUGUCUUUGUGGAAAAGUUUGGAAACAACAACUGCAAUUUCAAAUGUACAUGAACUAUGAGCAAUAAUCAUACCAAUAAUCAAAGCCUAUGCAUUUUCUAACUUACUAUUCAUGUUUUAAAAGUUGCAUUUUGAAUUAAACUCUCCCUUAAAUCAUUAAUCUAAAAGUCUAAGCCUUUGGGGGGAGGGGGGUACUAAGCUAACACAUGGAAUUGUUUUAGGAUGUUCAUACCAUGGAUCAUUUAGCUAUUUGUUUUGGAAUUUUAGGACCCCUUUAGGUAUCAAAGAAAGAUAUUAAUAAAUUAUUUUAAAAAAUAUUGAAUUUGGCCUUUACUACUAUAGCCCAUAGAAGCGCAUUGAAUAAGACAUUCAUAAAUGUAAAAAAAGACAGUAAAAAAUAAAUAUUGAGGAAUAAGGUUUUCAAGUGUCUGUCCUAAAUCUAGGAGAUAUAAGAAAGCUCAGGAAAUAUAUUUUUACACAUAUUUAACCCCUUUAUUUUUGUUGCCACAAAACUACCUCCAUACUUCUUAUAUUCAUUUGUAUGGGUUACUUUAAGAUGAGUCCUGUGACACUUAGUUUGUAGCCCAAACGGUUAGGAUGCUACAGACAGAAGUUGGCACAUCAGCGUUACUGACAUCAGACGAGUCCCGUGGGGUUUGUAGGGGUUGUAGAGCAAAACGGAGAACACCAUCGUGUUAGUGAAAGUCUCAUCUUUCCAUAUUAGAUUCUAGGCCAAACUGUUUGGAUGCUACUGACAUUUUCGCGAGAAGACCAAUUUUCGGGAUGUCUCAUGGGCUGACAAACACUGCUGUAGCUCGGCCACCUUCCACCGCUGAUGCGGAAGGCCGACAUAGGCGGAUGUGGCGGAUUGAGACACAGCCCAUGCAAAAAAAGAUAUCUUUAGCUUAAACUGAUGGAUUUUGAUGGGGUGCGUCAAUAGACUCUUAAGGAUUUUAAGAGAUCAAUAUCUUUCAGUUACAUGACGACAUAUCUGUGAAUCUCCUUUUAUUUUGGCGAUAUCAUGGUUACUCAAAAGCUACCUCAUAUCUCCUCUUUCCAAAUAUACAAACAUCCCACUGGGAACACACUGGUUGAAACAACAUUGUUUCCACGUCAUUUCAAUAAAAUUAGGUCAGUUGAACCAACGUGGAAUAGACGUUGAAUUGACGUCCAUGCUCAGUGGGAUGGUUUUGAGAGUCUAAAAUGUAACUCAAAUAGGUUAUUAAAUUAGAUUACCAACAGCUUUCUUUAAAAUCAAGGUAUCUUUGAUCUGUACCGGACUUAAAGGCAAUGUUCUGUAAUGUGUUUAUUUAAUGUAUUGGUUUAUUACAUAAAAGAAAUGCCCUGUGUAGCUCAGUUGGUAGAGCAUGGCGCUUGCAAUGCCAGGGUUGUGGGUUCGUUUCUGACGGGGGGCCAGUAUGAAAAAAUGUAUGCACUCACAAACUGUAAGUCGCUCUGGAUAAGAGCGUCUGCUUAAUGACUAAAAUGUAAAUGGUUUCAGGAUCAAAACCAAGAAAACAGAAACUGAAUAUAGGCCUAAACUUACUUCUGGCUAUCACAAUUCUGGUGGUAUUAGCAACUUGAUUACAGGAAACAAUAGCUGCAAUAAACAAUGUCAUCAUGACAACGAGGAACAAAAGGAGUAGCUUCGAACUUCCGGCCAUGACUAAUGAGAAUUCAGGUGGCAAUGUUGACUGCUUAUCUCUCUACCCUGAAACCAGUGGGCAGACAGGCCUAACCACCUAGCCAACCGGUGUUCACUACAUAGGCAGGUCUCGUUUUCGUUAGCAUGUCCAAAGAGAUUGAUGCGCAUCUCAUCGAAACCGGUCGUCAACCACACCUACCGAUUGGGGAAGUGAAAGAAUCUGGUCCGGCUUGAAAAUUACCAUUUCAUCUGGUUUCAGGUCAGGGGUAAGGAGCUUGACUCCUCCCUUUCAGGAGCAGAGAGAUCCAUAUAACUUCAGGGGACAUGACUGAGCCAUUAGUUAACAACGACUACAACCAAGCUGAGCUGACCUGCGUUGACUGUCCUCUACAACCUCUUCCUGAGCUUCAUUGAUUUUACAACAAAAAACAAGAAGUCUUCAAAAUGGUGUCGAUGGGAAGACAGAUGCUGGGCUUAGUCCUGGCUAUCAUCGGGUUCCUGGGGACCAUCAUUGUAUGUGCCCUGCCUAUGUGGAAAGUCACAGCCUUCAUCGGAGCCAACAUCGUGACUGCUCAGGUCAUCUGGGAGGGCCUGUGGAUGAACUGUGUGACCCAGAGCACGGGACAGAUGCAGUGCAAGAUCUAUGACUCCCUUCUGGCCUUACCCCAGGACCUGCAGGCCGCCAGAGCUCUGAGCGUCAUCGCCAUCAUCGCGUCAUGCUUUGGUAUCCUCCUGGGAAUUGCUGGAGGAAAGUGCACCAACUUCGUGGAGGAUGAGGCUUCCAAAGCUAAAGUAGCCAUUGCCAGCGGGAUUAUCUUCAUCGUGGCUGGCGUCCUCAUCCUCGUCCCUGUCUGCUGGUCCGCCAACACCAUCAUCAGGGAUUUCUACAACCCCCUGCUGGUCGAGGCCCAGAGGAGGGAGUUGGGGGCCUCGCUAUACAUCGGCUGGGGCACCGCAGGGCUCCUGAUCCUGGGAGGGGGGCUCCUCUGCAGCUCCUGCCCACCCAAGGAGGAGCGUGACAACUACCCAGUGAAGUACUCACAGGCAAGGUCCACAGCUACCAGCAGAGCUUACGUUUGAGCUGGAAACUGUUGAAAAAUAGACUAUAAAUUAUUUGAUUAUCUUUGGUAAUCCUCUGUGAAUUGAAAAUACCAUGCAAGUUACUGGUAUUAUCAAGUCUUGUUCUUCUGCAUUUUACGUUUUGAAAGUGAUGUGAAAUCAGAACAGAGUGAAUCUAUGAAAAAUAAAUUGUGCUUCAGAACUUUGCAAGAAAAAGACAAGACAGAACUGAUGCCUAUAAGAAAUGACAAUACAGAGAAGUAGUGCUACUGUAUAUGCUGUCUGGAGGGAUCAUCUCAUGAGUCAUGGGUUGAUGACUGAAGUGAAUUGAAGCCAUUCCCAUAACCCUAACUUCUCUUUUACUGUAUAAGGACACCGUGCCAGAAUGAUAAUAUUGAUAUUCAUGUAAGAACAUGGACAAUAUGAUUUGAGAGUUAAACCAUAGGUACAAUAUAUUUGUAUGAUUGACUUGUCAUAACUUUGUACAGUAGAUCACAGUAUGUUUUGCAAAUAGCCAAGUUUGUCUGUUCAAUAUAUGUUCCUUGAUUAUGUCUAAAGAACUUAUUCAAUUGCAAACCUUAUUUUUUUUAUAAAAAGUUUCCAACAAAGUUUAUACAUUGGUGUUAACUGUCUUUUUUAAGAAAUAGACUCCCAGUUACUGUGAUUUCCUUUAUCAGCUGAAAUCUUAGCUGAAAAUGUCUGAUAGCAUAGUAUUUAGGUGAAUUGAACUACUGAUGAUCCUCCCUCGCUGUCUUCUGUUUGAAUGACACCAAAAGUGGUUUUGGAAAGUGGGACUUAACAUCCCAUUGAUUCGAGUAAGAAAUUAAGGAAAAUAUUUUGCCCUGUCACACAAUCCUGAGAACACCGAUUUCUUCUAAGGAUUUGAAAUAGAUUUACCCUAUUAUCCCCACUGAGACAUUUACUGUAAAGACUGGCAGUGACAUAUUGACACCAAUUCGUUUUCAAAAUCUUUGAGGGGCAAGAAUGCCCAACUUAAGUCAGGUGAGAUAAGAAAAAAAUAACAAUUGUCUGUGAAACAGUUCUGCUAUUUAAACUGUCUUCCUCUCAGAACCAGCUAUGUAGAGAUGGUGUGCACAGAUGGGCCAACAUGUAUAGGCCUACUGGAUAUUUUGAUAAUUUAUUGUUGUUUAGAUUAAAAAAUACUAGAAUUUAGGUCUGUCAGACAGACAUUAGAAAAACUGGAAGAACCUGGUUUGUUUUCAUUGUUGAAGAGACAAUAGUCCCUACUUUCUUUAACUAAGAAGCAUUAAGAACAGUAUCACCUUAUCACCCACGAAACUACAUCGUAAUUCCUUGUGCCAAGUAUACCAAAACAUGUCACAUCUUCUUCUUGUGACAGUGACACACUUUUUACAUACUGUACAUUACAUUAUGCUUAAGUUAACAGUGCAUAUUCUAAAAAUAUGUUGUAUGACUUUAAACAGAUCAGAUUAUCUCUCGCACUCUUCUCCUGAUAAUGUCAAAUCCCAUUGAAAGUUCAUUUUGCUGUUUGAGCUUUCAAGCUGGUGAUUUUUCCGGCACAUACCAACAUCCUCGUUCCUCAUAGGGUGUUUGAACAAUAACAGCUUUUGUAAACCGAUCUACCAUCUCCAAAAAGGAGAAUUAAAUGAAAUUCCAACCUUUAUUGUCCACAGACAACAAAUAAUCAUGUAAGACUGGUAUUCUUUGGCUGGCUCUCAGUUUAUUAUAACUGGAACAGCCAGUAACACUCUUCUUUCUCCUUUUGAAAUGCACAUAACCACCUGAUCACCUUCCAAUAUUAACUCGGAGACACAAAGAGUCAGUCAACGAGUAGAGAGAGACAGAGAGACAUUGCAUUCAGAAUGGGUUCCAUGGGCAUGCAGAUGCUGGGCAGUGCCCUGGCCUUGCUCGGCUGGGUGGGGACAAUUAUCGUCUACGGCGUGCCCAUGUGGAGGGUCACAGCCUUCAUCGGAAACAACAUUGUCACCUCACAAACCAUCUGGGAGGGCAUCUGGAUGAGCUGUGUGGUCCAGAGCACAGGCCAGAUGCAGUGUAAGGUAUAUGACUCCAUGCUGGCCCUCAGCUCUGACCUGCAGGCUGCCAGAGCGCUGGUCGUGGUGGACAUCGUGGUGGGAAUCGCCGGCCUCCUCAUGGCGUUCCCCCGGGGGGAAUUGCACCAACUUUGUGGUGGAGGAGGUGGCCAAGGCACGGGUGAUGAUGGCGGCAGAGGUGGUGCUCAUCAUCAGUGGUAUCCUGUGUCUCAUCCCUGUAUCCUGGACGGCCAGUAUCAUCAUCCAGUACUUCUACAACCCGCUUGUGGUGGAUGCCCAGCGGAGGGAGCUGGGGGCUGCGCUCUACAUCAGCUGGGGGGCUGGGAUCCUGCUACUCCUGGAAGGGGGGCUCCUCUGUGGUAACUGCUCCCCCAAGGAGGAUGACAAAUCCCCCUCUGUGAAAUAUCUACUGGCCAAGUCAUCAGGAGGUCACAACAAAGCAGCAGGUUUUGUGGCAAGCCCCUCCACACCAACAAAGACCUACAUUUAACAUGACAGUUCAUGGGACAAACUGGUCGGCAUGAACAUUUCAAAAGGUAUUGGUGGUAUAAGGUACAGUUGAAGUCGGAAGUUUACAUACACUUAGGUUGGAGUCAUUAAAACUCGUUUUUCAACCACUCCACAAAUUUCUUGUUUACAAACUAUAGUUUUGGCAUGUCGGUUAGGACAUCUACUUUGUGCAUGACACAAGUAAUUUUUCCAACAAUUGUUUACAGACAGAUUAUUUAACUUAUAAUUCACUGUAUCACAAUUCCAGAAAAUGAUGUCAUGGCUUUAGAAGCUUCUGAUAGGCUAAUUGACAUAAUUUGAGUCAAUUGGAAGUGUACCUGUGGAUGUAUUUCAAGGCCUACCUUCAAACUCAGUGCCUCUUUGCUUGACAUCAUGGGAAAAUCAAAAGAAAUCAGCCAAGACCUCAGGAAAGAAAUUGUAGACCUCCACAAGUCUGGUUCAUCCUUGGGAGCAAUUUCCAAACUCCUGAAGGUACCACGUUCAUCUGUACAAACAAUAGUACGCAAGUAUAAACACCAUGGGACCACGCAGCUGUAAUACCGCUCAGGAAGGAGACGCAUUCUGUCUCCUAGAGAUGAACGUACUUUGGUGCGAAAAGUGCAAAUCAAUCCCAGAACAACAGCAAAGGACCUUGUGAAGAUGCUGGAGGAAACCGGUACAAAAGUAUCUAUAUCCACAGUAAAACAAGUCCUAUAUCGACAUAACCUGAAAGGCCGCUCAGCAAGGAAGAAGCCACUGCUCCAAAACCGCCAAAAAAAGCCAGACUACGGUUUGCAACUGCACAUGGGGACAAAGAUCGUACUUUUUGGAGAAAUGUCCUCUGGUCUGAUGAAACAAAAAUAGAACUGUUUGGCCAUAAUGACCAUCCUUAUGUUGGAGGAAAAAGGGGGUUGCUUGCAAGCCGAAGAACACCAUUCCAAAUGUGAAGCACAGGGGUGGCAGCAUCAUGCUGUGGGGGUGCUUUGCUGCAGGAGGGCCUGGUGCACUUCACAAAAUAGAUGGCAUCAUGAGGAAGGAAAAUUAUGUGGAUAUAUUGAAGCAACAUCUCAAGACAUCAGUCAGCUUGGUCGCAAAUGGGUCUUUCAAAUGGACAAUGACCCCAAGCAUACUUCCAAAGUUGUGGCAAAAUGGCUUAAGGACAACAAAGUCAAGGUCUUGGAAUGGCCAUCACAAAGCCCUGACCUCAAUCCUAUAGAAAAUGUGUUGGCAGAACUGAAAAAGCGUGUGCGAGCAAGGAGGCCUACAAACCUGACUCAGUUACAUCAGCUCUGUCAGGAGGAAUGGGCCAAAAUUCACCCAACUUAUUGUGGAAACCUUGUGGAAGGCUACCCGAAACGUUUGACCCAAGUUAAACAAUUUAACGGCAACGGUACCAAAUACUAAUUGAGUGUAUGUAAACUUCUGACCCACUGGGAAUGUGAUGAAAGAAAUAAAAGCUGAAAUAAAUCAUUCUCUCUACUAUUAUUUUGACAUUUUACAUUCCUAAAAUAAAGUGGGUGAUCCUAACUGACCUAAGACAGGGAAUGUUUACUAGGAUUAAAUGUCAGGAAUUGUGAAAAAUUGAGUUUAAAUGUAUUUGGCUAAGGUGUAUGUAAAUUUCCGACUUCAACUGUAUAUGGACGGACAGUGGAAUAUGAAGGAAAAGGUUCCAGUGGAAGGAUGUUGUAUGCACAGACAGUGUACUAUGAAGGAAAAUAUGCACACGUUUUUGAUUGCUUAGCCAGGGAAACACUACACUCUUAGAAAAAAGGGUUCCAAAACGGUUAUUCAGCUGUCCCCAUAUGAUAACCUUUUUCGGUUCCCUCUAUUGAAAGGGUUCUACAUAGAACUCAAAAUGGUUCUACCUGCAACGAAAAAGGGUUCUCCUAUGGGGAUAGCCAAAGAGCCCUUUUAGGUUCUAGAUAGCACGUUUCUUUGUAAGAGUGUAUGAGUGUAUUUACAUGCCACUGUUUAGAUAUAUGUACACUACCGUUCAAAAGUUUGGGGUCACUUAGAAAUGUCCUUGUUUUCCAUGAAAACAUACAUGAAAUGAGUUUGAAUAGGAAAUAUAGCAUAAUGCAUAGGAAAUGUAGUCAUUGACAAGGUUAGAAAUAAUGAUUUUUAAUAUAAAUAAUAAUUGUGUCCUUCAAACUUUGCUUUCGUCAAAGAAUCCUUCAUUUGCAGCAAUUACAGCCUUGCAGACCCUUGGCAUUCUAGUUGUCAAUUUGUUGAGGUAAUCUGAAGAGAUUUCACCCCAUGCUUCCUGAAGCACCUCCCACAAGUUGAAUUGGCUUGAUGGGCACUUACGUACCAUACGGUCAAGCUGCUCCCACAACAGCUCAAUAGGGUUGAGAUCCGAUGACUGUGCUGGCCACUCCAUUAUAGACAGAAUACCAGCUGACCGCUUCUUCCCUAAAUAGUUCUUGCAUAGUUUGGAGCUGUGCUUUGGGUCCUUGUCCUGUUGUAGGAGGAAAUGGGCUCCAAUCAAGUGCCAUCCACAGGGUAUGGCAAGAUCCCUUUUACCCUGUACAAAUCUCCCACUUUACCACCACCAAAGCACCCCCAGACCAUCACAAUGCCUCCACCAUGCUUGACAGAUGACAUCAAGCACUCCUCCAGCAUCUUUUCAUUUCGCCUGAGCCUCACAAAUGUUCAUCUUUGUGAUCCGAACACCUCAAACUUCGAUUUGUCUGUCCAUAACACUUUUUUCCAAUCUUCCUCUGUCCAGUGUUUGUGUUCUUUUGCCCAUCUUAAUAUUUUAUUUUUAUUGGCCAGUCUGAGAUAUAGCUUUUUCUUUGCAACUCUGCCUAGAAGGUCAGCAUCCCGGAGUCACCUCUUCACUGUUGACGUUGAGACUGGUGUUUUGCGAGUACUAUUUAAUGAAGCUGCCAGUUGAGGACCUGUGAGGUGUCGGUUUCUCAAAGUAGACACUCUAAUGUAUUUGUCCUCUUGCUCAGUUGUGCACCGGGACCUCCCACUCCUCUUUCUAUUGUGGUUAGAGCCCGUUUGCGCUGUUCUGUGAAGGGAGUAGUACACAGCGUUGUAUGAGAACUUUAGUUUCUUGGCAAUUUCUCGCAUGGAAUAGCCUUCAUUUCUCAGAACAAGAAUAGACUGAUGAGUUUCAGAAGAAAGUUAUUUGUUUCUGGCCAUUUUGAUUCUGUAAUCGAACCCACAAUUGCUGAUGCUCCAGAUACUCAACUAGUCUCAAGAAGGCCAGUUGUAUUGCUUCUUUAAUCAGUACAACCAUUUUCAGCUGUGCUAACAUAAUUGCAAAAGGGUUUUCUAAUGAUCAAUUAGCCUUUUAAAAUGAUAAACUUGGAUUAGCAAACACAACGUGCCAUUAGAACAUAGGACUGAUGGUUGCUGAUAAUGGGCCUCUGUACGCCUAUGUAGAUUUUCCAUUAAAAAUUGUUUCCAGCUACAAUAGCCAUUUACAACAUUAACAAUGUCUACACUGUAUUUCUGAUCAAUUUGAUGUUAUUUUAAUGGACAAUUUUUUUUAUUUUCUUUCGAAAACAAGGACCUUUCUAAGUGACCCCAAACUUUUGAACGGUAGUGUAAAUGUUAUUUGUUUCUCAAAGUAUUGCAUGGCAAUGUAAUUUUCAACCAUUUAAAGGAAGUUGAUUUUACAGUCCACUGUUGCAAAUUAUAUUAGUCAGCACCUAUUAAUACUGUUGUAUGGUCUCUUUUAUUACAUGACACUAUCUUUUCAUAUUUCAGGUGUGUGUGUUGAUUCAGUUCUCCCACUGAUGUUCUUGUUUUCCAUAUGCAUUCAUCAUGAUCAUAAAAUACUGUCUGUGAGGUUAAAACAGAACACUGAGAAAACCUGUUUGACAGGAACUGGUGUCAGAGAACUCCACCCAGGCUUCAAACUCAAUGACUACAUCACUUCAAUGUGUUUUUCGACCAACAUAUACAAUUACAAGGCCUCCAGACAUUGGGUUGACAUUUACAUUUACAUUUACAUUUACGUCAUUUAGCAGACGCUCUUAUCCAGAGCGACUUACAAAUUGGUGCAUUCACCUUAUAGCCAGUAGUACAACCACUUUACAAUUUUUGUUUUUUUUGUUUGACUGUAUGUCUAUUGUGACAGUUAUUAUUGUAAAGGGGCAAUCAAUCCACUCUUAACGUCUAAAUCAAUAAAAUAAUCAAUUAUGGUUGAGUUAAUAAAAAGACUGGAGUGAGUUGAGUCAGUUCACACUAAGCUGUGAGAAAGCAGUGUUAUGUUCCCAUGCUAUCAGAUCUGUCGAUCAGGGAGAGAGAGGGGCUCGAGUUACGCCGUUCUCAUGCAGAAAAAUACAAUCCCUUCCUUUAGUUAUUUGUCUAAUUUGUCUCACCAGUAAAUUCUCUUAGCCUUAGGUGUUUUUGUUAUUGUGUUAUUAAGAUAAACUUUUACAUCAACUCAUUGAUUGUCACAUUAUAUUUAGUAGUGUUACAGAAAGACUGUCCAUUAAUAUUCAGUAAGAUUGAAUGAUCAAAUCAUCCUCAUAUUCCGCCCAGUAUCAACUUUAGCAUAAUUGUUUCACUCAGAAUGACUGUUUCACUGUUUCUUGUUCUCUUUCUAUUAUAUUCAAAGAAACCUGCAAUAUAGUGCAACACCUCAGUCAUGUCCCUCCAUCAAAUACACUGAUGACACACUACUGCUUCCUAGUGGUAUAUCAUUAUGCCCUUUCUCAGCACAGUUCUUUUACGACAAAUGAUGAAGAAACUGUCUACCCCCCACAUGACAAAAACUAUGACAAACCUCCUAACAAUGCCACCUACCAUUGUAAACAUCCUGUGACGUUUAUCUAAUAGGAACAUAGAUGGGAAACGCUGCUCAGAGUCACGGAAAUGAAUACAUUUAAUUUGUUUUGUAUAUCACUUUAUUUAGUAAAGUCAAACUCAUGUCAAGUUAACGAGAUAUAUCACAUCUCAAUGUUGUGCUGACUGAAUCACUGACCUUGUAUAGUCCAUUGUAGGCACACUGUUGAAUAAUUAAAUCUGGCAAUUCACUAUUUAAACCAUUCUGGUUUAGUAGAUCUUCAAUGUAUUUUUAGCAGCGAAGUGAGAAGCAAAGCGUGGUAACUGUGAGUGGCUAGAGGAGAAAAUUGUAAACAGAACAUACUGUAGCAAAUCUAUCUCCAUAUAAUCAUUAUGGUAGUACCCCAACUUCCACUGUAAAAUAGAUUAUCCACUACUGGAGUUUUCAUGUGAAGUGGCAAAGAUACUUCAUAAAAGGUUAUCUAUCAAUGGAGCAUCCCUCCCUUCAUGUCCAAUAUGGAACAACCCCUUGUUUACUGCAGUUGGCAAGACACAGAACCUGGCAACUCCAAAACAUCAUUUAGACGGGGCAGGAUAUAAGGGUGAGAGAUACAGUAUCAUUCCACUGAAAGAGUUUCUAGCAGAAUUUGGCCUGAAUGAUAUGGCAUUUAUACCCUAUUUGCAGCUCAAAUCAAAUUUUUAAUGAAUUUCCUAAAAGGGAUCUAAAAGUGUGAUAAGCAACAAACUGAGGGGUGCUGCUAAUGGGAAAGGAACAGUUUCCGCAUUAUACAAGCUGAUUGGCCACUCCUCCCCAAACAGCAACAUCCCUACUCAGUUACGUUGGGAAGAGGACUUGGGCAUAUCUCUCACCGCAGCACAGUGGGAUGCAAUAUGGAAAAACACAACAUCGAUAUCCAACUGUGUAAGGUAUACAAUUAUUCAAACGAAGGUCUUGCACAGGGAUUAUAUCACACCUCAUAGGUUGAAAAAUAUGGAUCAAAGCCUUUCAUAUUUGUGUUGGCAUGGCUGUGGUGAGGUUGGUACACCAAUGCAUCUGUUCUGGAAAUGUCCAGCCGUCAAAAGAUUUUGGACUGAGGUAGAUAUGUUGCUGGAAUUCUUUAUGUAUGUAUCCCACUUUGUCCUGUAGUGUGCCUGUUAGGGAGUACUGUACGGUGGACAAUGUCCAACUUAGAACCACGCAAUGCAUCAUUGCUUUGGCCUUCCUUUCAGUCAAACAGACAAUAUUUUUAAAUUGGAAAGUGCAUAAACUGCAGUGCUUCAGCAUGGACAAUUGGUUAAGGGAAUUCAUGUACUUAUUGACCUCCCCCCCCGCAGGCUUGACUUCUGCCAGGUCACAGUAUGAAAAUGCAUGGACUCAGUACUGUAAGUUGAUUUAGAUAAGAGUGUCUACUAAAUGACCAAAACUUUUCUGUUGUUGUCUUUGUAAAUGGAAAUUAAAAAAGUAUAAAUAGAAAAAAAUAUGUGUGGUAUGAACCAGCCAUGAAUGAGCAAACAGCCAUGUUGAGCAUAUUGUUAAUACUUAUUUUCCCUUUGUUUCAUCCCCAGUUCUGGGCAAACUGUAGCGCCCCCCCCCCCCCCCCCCCCCCAUGGCUGUGGAGGAGCUGGGCAUCACCCUGUCCAUGGUGGGCCUGGCAGGCACCAUCUUGAUCUGCGCCCUGCCCAUGUGGAAGGUCACAGCGUUCAUUGGCACCCACCUGGUGGUCAUGCAGGUGUUCUGGGAGGGCCUGUGGAUGACCUGUGUGUCUGAAACCACGGGACAGAUGCAGUGUAAGAUCUACGACGCUCUUCUAGACCUGUCCCCUGACCUCCAGGCGGCCAGGGGCCUCAUCGUCAUCAGCAUGGUACUGGGCUGCCUGGCGUUCCUCGUCUUCCUCCUGGGGGCUAGGUGCACCAACUGCCUGAGCAAUCCCAGGGUCAAAGCCUGCGUGGUGCAGGCCGCAGGGGUCACCUUCGCCCUGGCUGGGUUAAGCACCAUAGUGGCUGUGUCCUGGACGGCCCAGUCCAUCAUUAGGGACUUCUAUAACCCGCGGGUCCCUGAGAUGCUGAAGAAGGAGAUGGGGGCGGCCAUCUAUGUGGGCUGGGUGACCUCUGGGUUCCUGUUCUGUGGAGGAGGGGUGCUGUGUACCAGCUGUCCUCCAGGGGGGAGAGAGGGCAGGCAUGGAUCCAGCAGUAGGUACACCCUGGCUAGGACGCCCACUCACAGCAGCUACGCCAUAAAGAACUAUGUGUGAGGGGGGAGUGCUUUAUUUGCCUGUUAACUUCAGGCAAAUAGAGUUGGCAGUUGUUGGCACUCUGAAGAGACAUGUCACAGCAUGUUUUUCCAUGAGAACAUUGUAAUUGUGUACAUUGUAGGACUGGUCAUGCAGUCUAUUGUCUGACUUUGAUACAUUUAGAAUUGCCCUGGAACGAUUAAUUUUUUAUUUUAUUUCACCUUUAUUUAACCAGGUAAGCCAGUUGGGAACAUGUUCUUAUUUCCAACUGCGACCUGGCCAAGAUAAAGCAAAGCAGUGCGAUAAAAACAACAACAACACAGAGUUACAUAUGGGAUAAACAAAAACGUACAGUCAAUAACACAAUAGAAAAAUAGAAAAUCUAUAUACAGUGUGUGCAAAUGAAGUAAGUUAUGGAGGUAAGGCAAUAAAUAGGCCAUAGUGCAAAAUAAUUCCAACUAUUUUAUAGCUUUGGUGGAAGUUAUUAAAAAUAAGAUCAUGUUAAUUAAUUCUUGUUACAAAAUAAGUCUGACUUAGGUACUUGUAGCUAUUCAAAUGUUCACUAUCACCAUGAAAGAUGUUUGCUGAGGAAAUAUCUGUUAUUGAAAGAUAAUCACUGAAAAUCAAUAGGUUACUGUUAUUGACAGUACAAGUACAUCCACUGAAUGAACCAGAUUGUUUUUACAUCCCUGUGUUGUAUUUUACAUCUUAUUCAACUGUGGUUAUUACUUGUAAUGUGUUUUGUAACAAUGUUUAUCACAGUUUAUUUUGUGACUAGAAUCUGCAUGCAAAGAAAAUAGAUUUUAGAGGGCAACAAAGCAUGUUAUUUGAUUGAUUUGCGAUUUGAUCCGAAUAUAAAUAAACAUUUUGAUUCUAAAUUACUUUUAUUGCAUCUCUUUUAUUUAUCUUAUUGGAAAAAGUGUAUCAAAACUGAUUAGAAGGGAGAACAUCGAGCAUUCAGAAUUAAGUGUGAAAGACUAGAUGCUGUACAUGGUGAGGCACACAAGGCUUAUUUCACAAUUACAUUUUCCUACAAGACCACAAAGUCAGAGGCUGAAGUCAACAGAAGACACAGUGGCAUCUUUGUUUUAGUGGCUGUGGCGAAACUGAAAAAGAGGGAUUGUUGUGAAACCAUGGCACAGUAAACAGAAGGAAUCCCCUUUAUUCCCCAGCUGUAGAGCUGCACUGCUGCCCCACGCCCUUUUCUUUUCAGGAAUCCGGAAGGAGCGCUUUCACAUCACACAGGCUAGACACACACAGGCACAAACACGCUCACAGGCAGGCACACACACACAGGCACACAUACACCCCACCCUGCUGUGCCUGCAGCUGGUUAAACCCUGCUGUUAGGCCUCUUCCUGUGAGGAGCUAAGCUCAGCUCAGUCAUGAAGAGGCAGUUGGAGUUAGCGGCGUUGGGCCUGGGCAUUACAGGCUGGCUGUGCGCCAUCCUCACCCGCUGUCUGCCCCUGUGGAAAGUCAGCGGCACUCUGGACAACUCCACAGCCACGCUGCCGGCAUACUGGGACGGGGUGUGGCUGGAAUGGGACUACUGGGACCUCAACCAUGACGGUAGCCUCCACUGCUCCUUCUACCAGUCUUUGUUAUCCCUCUCUGGAAACUUCCAAACAUGGAGAGGCUUGAUCAUGGCUUCUAUAGCUGCUGGAGGUUUUGCUGUGCUCAUCAGUAUCAUUGGAGAGGUGUGGUUUCCGAAGAGGAAUCAGGUGAAAGUUGUCUCCGGUGUGUUGUUUGUGCUGUCUGGAAUACUGCUGCUUGUCCCUGUUGCUUGGACCUGCCACCACACUAACGAGCCACUGGAGGGUGCUGUGGUGCUGAGGAGAGACUGGGGACCUGCUCUGUACAUAGGAUGGAUCUCCUUCUCUCUGAUGUUAGUAGUGGGAGGGUUUCGCAGUACCAGAUGCCCCACGUUCCAGCAACAGGAGGAGUCAGAAAGAGGGGGUUACCCUCCAGGUUAUCCUGGGGUGGAGCAGGAGCCAACCAACCCCCUGGAUACUAUCCACAGGACUGCUUUUAGACACAGCCAGUAUGCUCGGGAAACAACACAGCCUUAA